ACACAAGUUUCCCCACCUUAUCCAAGUCCCUUCCCAACGGCUUAUGCUCUGCCUUUCCAUGGAUCCCCCUCAUUUCAUUUCUCCCCCACCCACAACACCUCUCCGUCAAGCCUUCCCCUUCUCCACCCUUCGUCCUCUCCUCCUCCUCCUUGCAUUUCCCCUUCUCGUUCAUGGCUUCUUGUACCGCCCCAAGACCUGCUUUCUCCUUUCACCUUUCCUCCUCUUUUACCCAACCUCACCCUCCCAAAUCCAAGCUUCAUCUCUCCCCUUCCAAAUCCCUCCUCAGUCCGCUCUCCCACAAACGCCCUGCUCCUCCAAACUUCCUCUUAUAUUCCGUUGACGUUUCGAAAGAGGACACUCCCACCUCAGGCUCCGACCAGCCCGAUUCACCCUCCUCGUCUUCCCCUCCGCCUGACUCUGACAAUUUCGAUAAGCGUCGCCUGGAAGAGAAAUUCGCCGUGUUGAAUACUGGAAUCUAUGAAUGCCGGUCCUGUGGUUACAAAUACGACGAGGCCUUGGGUGAUCCCUCUUAUCCCAUUCCGCCUGGAUUUCAGUUCGAGAAGCUUCCCGAUGAUUGGCGGUGUCCCACGUGUGGCGCUGCCAAGAGUUUCUUCGAAAGUAAGAGCGUUGAGAUUGCUGGUUUUGCGCAGAAUCAGCAGUUCGGGCUUGGUGGAAAUUCUCUCACUUCCGGACAGAAGGCCGUGCUCAUAUAUGGCAGUUUGUUCUUCUUCUUCGUUCUGUUUCUGAGCGGCUACUUUAUCCAAUAGUUUGAUCACCCAGUUUGUCUGGUUUUAAAUCCUGGAUGCUUAUUACUGCCGCGCCUAAUAUGUUUGGGUUAUUGUUUAGUACAACUUGCGAAAUUAUUUUUCUCAAAAAUAUUGUAUCAUAGACUUUUUCCCCUGA